AAACACGUGACUAGGUUCAAAGUUGAAAGUCAAAGAACACACUGCGGCUCCGGCGUCCUCACUCAGUCAGUCAUGGCGGUGCAAGCUGGACGCAGAGUCCUGUUGCAAGCCUUCCGCGUGCAGGCAGCGAGCCGAGACACCUGCAGGAGACAGUAUGCUGUCCUCGGUCAGGUGUCUCCUCUGUCUCAGCUGAACGGUCCCGCAGCCGUGACGAGACACUACAGUUCGGACUCCAACAAGGAGGACCUGCGGGUCAGGUACCUGGACGGAGAGGACAAAGGGAUCGUUGUUAUGGGGAUAAAUCGAGCAAAAGCAAAAAAUUCCAUAAGCAAAAAUCUGGUAAAAAUGAUGAUUGAGGCUGUGGAGGACAUCAAGAAGAAUAACAAAGUGCGCAGUGUCAUUAUAUGCAGUUUGGUUCCAGGGAUCUUCUGUGCAGGUGCAGAUCUGAAGGAGAGGGCCAAGAUGCACCCGAGUGAAGUGGGACCGUUUGUGUCCAAAGCAAGAGGACUCAUCACAGAGCUGGGUAACCUUCCGGUACCAACAAUUGCUGCAAUUGAUGGAGCUGCCUUAGGAGGAGGCUUGGAAAUGGCCCUUGCUUGUGACAUCAGAAUUGCCUCUGAUACUGCGAAAAUGGGACUAGUUGAGGCCAGACUUGCAAUCAUUCCUGGAGGAGGUGGUACACAGCGUCUCCCCAGGGCAAUUAGCGUUUCCAUGGCUAAGGAGCUCAUCUUUGCUGCCCGGGUGGUGGAUGGAACGGAGGCGUGUCGCCUGGGUAUCGCCAAUCACUCUGUGGAGCAGAAUGAGAGCGGAGAUGCUGCCUACCUGCGGGCUCUGGAGCUCGCCCGUGAGAUCAACCCUCAGGGUCCAAUUGCAGUGAGGAUGGCGAAACUGGCGAUCAACCAGGGGAUAGAGGUCGAUUUAGCUACAGGUCUGGCAAUUGAGGAAGCAUGCUAUGCCCAGGUGAUACCAACUAAAGAUCGAUUGGAGGGUUUGGCUGCGUUCAAGGAGAAGAGACGUCCUCACUUCAAGGGGGAGUGAAGCCACACUCCUUCUGCCUUCAGCUCUCCUGCUACUCCACUGCUUCCAACAUCUUUCUGGGUGAAACUGUACACGACGACACAUUAACCUGUACAGCACCCAGAGGACGUCCGUUUGACCGCAGGACAUUACGGCCGCUCCUGGCUGGUGUUUUUUGCCAGUGACUUCAAUGUUCACGUGUAAAGCACUUGCUGGGUGUGUCAACUAACCAAUCAUUGGCUUCCAAUAUUUAAAACUUAACUAACUUAAAAUCUAAAAGAUGAAUUGCCUCAAAUGGUUAUUGCUCUUUGCAGUAUGAUAACAGUUGGUCACUAACCUCCUUGAUUAAAUGAACCUAUCCAAGAGCCAUAGACAUUUCUGUGAUUGCCUCACAUGAAUGAUGCAUCAGAGGGUUUAUUGCUUUUUUUUUACUUAGGUAGAAAUGUACCACUGUGUUCACAACGCUGAAUAACACCAGAGGUGUCUGCAUGAAAUCAUAAAACAGACUGGGUUUUCUCUUUCUUUCUUCGGCUCAUAGCGGCAGACUACAGCUCGGCUCUGAUUGGUUAUAUUCCUCCGGUCUGUGAAAUCUUGCAGAUGCAGAUUAGGAGCACCGGAGGACACAGAGACACAUGAUUUCUUUCAGAUUACCUGUCUCAUGCACUACUGUCAGGAUAUAUUUUAUAAAAAUAACUUUUUUUAAUCAUAUUUGCUCCAUUUCUACCCACUGCAGCUUUAAGCCAAGUUCACACUACAUGACUUUCAAAGUCUUCAGAUUGCUGUACACAACUAGCUGUCUUGUAAUUGUUGUGGUUUUCAUACUACAAGAUCUCUUCCCCAUACGUCUUUACCGUUUCCCAUAUGUAGAUCAGUUAUGUUUAUUCGUGCAAACAUCCCUAGGUGCAACAACAACUUUGGUCCGUGUUGCAAACGCUACACAUACUGUAAGUUCCUGUUGUUACAGGCGACCUCUCUGCCAGGUUUCCCCUCAACCCGUGUCUCACGCUCUCAUUGGCUGUAGCUCCCCGACAGACUCCCAGACAGGUCCAGAUAUUUAGCAUGCUAGAUAAGUGGAAUGUGAGUGAAGCAGUUCACACACAACCCUCGAGCGCCGAUUUGUGAGCGCGUAACCAAUGCGGAUUUGUCGGCGAGUGGAAAAUCAGGGCUAAAGUCAUGGAGUGUGAACAAGGCAGUGCUUCACAGUUGUGUGACUGUACCGACACAUUGGCCCAGUGUGUACUACUUAGCGAGUUGGUUAGAAAUGUUUAAUUUGAUUGGUUAACUGACCAACAGAAAAUAAACAACGCUGCUAUUGCUCAGAGUGACCGACAUCAAAAACUGUUCAGAAAUGCCCUUAAAAGUACAUUAUAUAAAUUAUAUCAACAUAUUGCAAAAAUGCAUGUUUUUGAGCAUCAAAGUUUGUUCUCAACUUUGGAAAAAGGUAUUAACUCUUGGUCCUCUUACUAGAUCUGCCAAGAGCUUUCAACCACAUCUCACAUUUAUCAGUGGGUGGUGCUUGUUCAGUUGGUACUGCGAGAACUUCAUCUGCUGAUAUAGAGCAUUCAAUUUGGUUGAAAGCCCUGGAAAAGGGUGUAAGUGGACCUUGAAUUUUUUUCCCAUAUUGAUAUUCAUUUUUUAAAGAUAUCUUUUCUACAGAGCCCCCCACCAUACUUUAACUGCUUUUAUGAAACUGUUGAUGAAUGAAUGAGCCACAGUGGAGAUGAUUUAAUGUUAUUUUAGUGAGUGAAGUGAGUCUGAGGGCAUUACGAUAUCACACAGUUGUAAAUAAAACUUCUGUCACACUGAAA